UGAGGUGGUGGAAUCUCAUGAACUUUUUGCCGGGGCUGUCUUCGAACCAUGAACCUCCUGAUCACAACCUCUUAAGUAGCCAAGAUUACAGAGAAAGCAAACAACUUCCCACCAUUGCCCAAGUUCAUUCCGCUGAAGCCAUGUUUCUACCAAGACUUCGAGGCAGACAUUCCACCUCAGCAUCUCAACAUGACCAAACGCCUGUACUACCUCUGGAUGCUGAACAGCGUCACGCUGGCCGUGAACCUGGUGGGCUGUCUGGCGUGGCUGAUUGGAGGAGGAGGAGCCACCAACUUUGGCCUCGCCUUUCUCUGGCUCAUUCUCUUCACGCCUUGCUCCUACGUCUGCUGGUUUCGGCCCAUUUACAAGGCCUUCAAGACCGACAGCUCUUUCAGCUUCAUGGCGUUCUUCUUCACUUUCAUGGCUCAGCUGGUCAUAAGCAUCAUCCAGGCCGUGGGCAUCCCAGGCUGGGGUGUUUGCGGCUGGAUUGCAACCAUCUCCUUCUUCGGGACGAACGUGGGCUCUGCGGUGGUGAUGCUUAUCCCAACCAUCAUGUUCACGGUCGUAGCAGUGUUCUCCUUCAUUGCGCUCAGCAUGGUUCAUAAAUUCUACCGGGGGAGCGGAGGGAGUUUCAGUAAAGCCCAGGAAGAGUGGACCACGGGGGCCUGGAAGAACCCACACGUGCAGCAGGCCGCCCAGAACGCUGCCAUGGGGGCGGCUCAGGGCGCCAUGAACCAGCCACAGACUCAGUAUUCCGCCACCCCUAAUUACACAUACUCCAACGACAUGUAAACCAGCCCCGCCCGCUGGGAGGCAGUGUGGAGGGUGGGGGUGGGGGGGUGCGGGUGGCCAGUGGGGACAGAGGGGCUCGAGCCACAUCGCCGAUCGUGGCCACCAUGCAGGGUUCCCCCUUUCCCCUUUUUCUCCUUCUCUUCCACUUUGUACAAAGAACGAGAGCUCUCUUGAUCUAUCUAUCUGUGUGUGCAUAUGUACAUGUUUAGCCCCCCCCCCCACCUUUUGGUCUCACCCCGUAGCACCCCUGAGGGCUUGUGGGCCGCACAUGGCAUUGUCUGUGCGCUGUGUCUGUGUCCCCUUGUGAAGCUGUGUGCAGUGGAGGUCUCUCGUCCUGGUGCUAAAUGUAUGUUUAGAACUCAACCAGCCUCCCUGUCCCCCCGCCCUUCCCCCCUUGCU